ACCAAAAGGGGGUGCAGUUUGAUAAUUUCACUUCCUGUUCAGUGAGAUGGACCUCCUCUGACCUUGGUCUCCUCUCAUUGUGUCCCCAGUCCACAAUGAAAGAUAGACUAACCCAGACAGGCUACAAACUACAUGCCUGGCAGGUUCUUCAAGCCCACAGACAGACAGGAACUGUGACUGUCAAUGUUACUCUUAGAUGUCCAGAGAUGUUGACAGCUCCAGCGUCUCAGUGUGUGAAUCUGCGUUUGGUAGAUGAUGUACAGUGGGCCAGACACUCUGUCACUUUAUUCAACCAUCCAAAAGUCUCAGAAAAUAUGACCUUGAUUCACGGCUCGGGUCACUUUCAUGUCCAUCUACAAGACAACCAGUUAGCCAGCAUCAGUCAUAUGGAGAACGGAAAUAGAAUACAGGUGUCCCCACUUCAGUCUGGUUCCUCAGUUCUUUUGGCUCAUGACCUCUGUGUAACCUCUGAUCCUGCUGUGGCCUCCUUUCUUGUCUCUGACAUCAAAGAUUUCCGGAUUGACUUCGUUAAUACUAUUGAGGUCAGACAUUCUGCUGUAGUGCUAGUGUGUGUUCUGGACUCAAAGAAUCAACCGUUUCUUCACCAUUACCUGUUGCUCAUGAACCUCAUGCUUAUCCCUUCUUCAUCUAUCAUUUCUGUGGAGGACACGGGGCCAGUGGACAAGUACAGUGUGGGAUUCCGUGUGACCGGCCUGACAGUGGGUGUGGUCAGUCUCCACCUCUCAGCAGUGGAUGGACAUGGGCGUACUAUAAGCUCCUCCCACAAGAAUAUGCAAGUUUACCCUCCAUUCAGUUUGCAGCCCCGUAAACUCACUCUGGCAGUUGGAAGCGUGCAACAGGUGAAAUGGGAGGGAGGGCCUCAUCCUCAGAACGGUGUCAAGUUCUCCGUGAGUGACAGCUCUAUCGCCGUGGUAACUGAGACAGGACUGGUCAGAGGUGUGGCAGUGGGUGUGGUCAAACUCAGAGGAGCUCUUCAGACACAAGAUACAGAAGCAUUGAUUACUUUUUUACAGGAUGAAGUGGAGGUGGAGGUGUUUAACCUGACAGCAGUGAGGAUACAGGCUCCUUUAGUGACUCUCUCCGUAGGAACAGAGAUGCCGGUUUAUGUGAUGGGGAGUGACAGUGGUCAGAACCCUUUAUCUCUGGGUAGUGUCGAGUCUGGCCUCAGUUUCCACUGGAGUCUACGCAAAGCGGGUGUGCUGGAGAUCAAACCAAGGCAUGCAGAGGUGGGCGUUAGUGUGUCUCCCUCUCACAGUUUCUCUGCGCUGGUGAGGGCCAGAGCUCCAGGCAGGACCAGCCUCAAAGUGUGUGUGCAGCUCCAGCAGAUAAAUGCCAGCAACACAUCACUCUCUGAUCAUCUCACUGACGAGAUACAGAUACUGGUGUUUGAAGAGAUGCAGUUAACAGCAGGAAGCCCAGGAUCCAUCCUCAUGUCUCCCCUCUCUCAGUACCCCCUGCAGAGCAAUAAAGACUGUCCGGUCCAUUACACCCUUAGCCGCUGUGUCUCAGGGGCAGGACUGGUUACUGUUGAUGAUCAAGGAGUGUUAAGGACAGGGCCUGAUACAGGCCUAGCUAUUUUGGAGGUUUAUGCCAUGGACAUUUGUGGUAUCAACCAAACACUUCUGAUCACUGUGGAGGUGUCAACAGUGUGGUUUGUGCGUAUUUUGACUGUGUCAUCCGUGAACAGUGAUGGUGAAAGAGCUCUUCCUGCCUUCCCUCUGGGCUGGAGCAUCCGUAUCAGGGCUCUAUACUAUGAUAACAUGGGACGACAGUUCCACUCCCAUAAUAUACAAACACUGGUCACAGCUAACAGAGAUGACCUUGUACAACUGAUAGUUGACAAAGGCAGUCAGCCGUUUCUGGUGCAAACGGCAGCACCCGGUCUAACUGUUUUGAGGGUGCAGGGAGACACUACAAACCCAUUUCUGAGCGAUUACACCCCUCUGUUUGUGAUGCCUGCCAUCUCAGAGCCCCCAGGAUUCCUGCGCUCUGGGGAUGUUAUCUGUUUCAACUCUCCCAUUACAGACCAGCAGGGUCAGCGAGGCAGAUGGGAUGUGUCAUCAAGUGAGAUCCUUCAAAUGAACUCUGAGACAGGAGUAGCAUUUGCAAAGAAUUCUGGGACAGUGGUGGUUUACUACAUGCUAGAAGGGGGACAGCAAACCUUCAGAGAGGUAACAGUGGAGCCUGCGUCCAUUCCUGUGUUCAUUCCUCCUGCUGAUAGGCUCCUCAUUAACUGGCCUGAAGCCUCAGAAUAUACAGUCAGAGUGGAUCUGAACACCUCUGCUGCCAACACAGCUCAAUGCAAUCUAGACCAGUGGGAGGCCAUAGAGAAGAAACUACAUCCUGAGGCAGAGCUACUGUGCUCGCUACACUUUGGCGCCCCCUAUCCAGAGAUGAGAAUACUGCAAACUAUCUUUAAUGCAACACCCUUCUACAAUUCAUACACUGCUCAGUACAGCUGCAGGAUCUCUGUGCAGCCCCAGUCAGACUCCAUCCUCCAUCUCCUGUCCACUUGGCCUCUCUCCAUCCAUCUGUCUGCCUGUCUGCGGACUCAAUCAGCCCCAGCUGCCCUGCUGUCGCUUCCUCAGUCACCCCCUUCUUUUCAGCCUUCCCUUCAGCUCCCAUACGUGCCAGCAUUUCAUUGUCCUGUCACAAAAAUCAAACUUUCCUCCCAGCGGCCUGUGGCUGAAAUCACAGUGUUUGGCACCACAGACAUGCUCAGCACACUUAAGGUUAAGUCAGACACCCCAGACAUUGUGUUAUCUGAUCCGGUCCGGUCAGAUGAAGACCCCACCCUCCUCCUUAUUUCAGUCUAUCCAACCUCACAUUUCCUGGAUCAUGUACCAUCUACUGCAAGCAUUACUCUGUACACAGACCUCUCUCCACAAAAGCACUUUGUGUUGGUGACUGGAGUGAUGGACAACCUGGAGUCAGGUCAUCUUGGAACAAAUUCUGGGCACUUGCUCAUUUCAGUAUUUGCUCUGUUUGCUGUACUGGCCGCUACUGCUGCACUUUUCAUAGUGUACAAUACCAUGCUGUCUCUCACACAGACUGUACCUGCAGUCCUCACACCCUCUACUAAUGCAGAAGAUGACAAAAGAAGACAUUUCUAUCUGUGGCUUUCACCAUCGCUGGCAACACCAAAAGUCCUGCCGAGAAAACGGUGGCUCUGGAGUACUAAAUAACUUAAUGUAUCUUUUCUUCCCUCAUGUUAUUCUUUCUGAGCCACAGUGAGAAUCUUUCAAGUAAAUGGUUCUUUCAU